AUGCGUCCACCUGUAAAGAGAAUAGAUUACGAAAUAGGAGAUAAAGUAGAGGUAUGCAGCAGUGAAGAGGGGUUUAGGGGUUCAUAUUACGAAGCCACAAUUAUUUCUCGUCUUGAGAAUGGGAAAUAUGUAGUUCGUUAUAAAAACCUUCUUGAAGAUGAUGAAUCUGGACCUCUUAUAGAGACACUUUUUCCAAAGGAUUUUCGUCCUUCACCACCACAUGUUCGAAGUCCUCGCAAAUUUCAACUCCGCCAAAAAGUUGAUGUUUUUUAUAACGAUGGAUGGUGGUUAGGAAAAAUCGUUAGUGAUAAGGUCCUCACGCAAAAGGGUCAUUACUAUAAGGUGUAUGUUAACAACAUGCGUGAAGCAAUUUACUACUCUCGUAAACGAAUUCGUGUGCAUCAUGAAUUGAUUCAUGGAGAUUGGAUCCUAGAAGCUUAA